AUGGCAGACAAACCAGCAAUUUACAAACACGCCGACAAAGACGGGCACUUCCGGCGCAGCGACUCCGCAUUCCGCUCCUCCAUCUCUCGCUCCCCCACCGCCGAGUUCCCCGCCGAACCAAACCGCUACGUCCUCUACCUCAACUACGUCUGUCCCUGGGCACAUCGCGCCAACAUCGUACGUUUCCUCAAGGGCCUCGAAGACACGAUCCAGCAAGUCGUAGUCGGCAACGACCUGGGACCCGACGGAUGGUACUUCACCGGCGUCGACGGUGCCGCCGAACGGGAUCCCCUAUACGGCGGCAAAUAUCUUUCCGAGCUCUAUUUCAAAGCCAACCCGAACUAUACGGGACGAUACACCGUUCCGUUCCUAUGGGACAAGAAGAAAGAAACAAUCGUCAACAACGAGAGCAGCGAAAUCAUCCGCAUGCUCUACACCGAAUUCGAUGACUUACUUCCCCCCGACCUGCGAGAAGAGAAUAAACCAGGUGGAGGUCUCUACCCAGCCCAUCUACGCGCUGAGAUUGACGAAAUGAAUGAAUGGGUAUACCACAAAAUCAACAAUGGAGUCUACAAAACUGGAUUUGCGACUACGCAGGAAGCGUAUGAUGCGAAUGUAUACCCUCUUUUUGAAGCACUAGACAGAGUUGAGCAGCACCUCGGGGCUCCGGAACAUCAACCAUACCUAUUCGGCGAACACAUUACCGAAGCAGAUAUACGCUUAUACACGACGUUGAUCCGCUUUGACCCGGCGUAUCAUCACGUCUUCAAGUGCAAUAUCAAAAUGAUUCGGCAUGAUUAUCCGCGUAUCCAUCGCUGGCUUCGGUUGCUAUACUGGGAUGAGUCAGAGAGAACCAGAGGGGGAGUGUUUAAGAAAACGAGUUAUCUGCAUUUGUAUAAGAUUAAUUAUUUGCAGGCGUUGGGGAGGAAGCAGGGCGUUGAUGGAGGGGGUUUGAUUGUGCCUGCUGGACCUAUUCCCGAGAUUCUUCCUUUGAAUGAGUAA